GAGUGAGUGAAUGUGUUGACAGUAUUUUGUUGAACAUCGCAUUGAAUACCAUAAACUGAUUGUUGUAUUCAUUAUAAUCACAAUUAAGUGUUUGUUUGCAAUUAAUUAUACUUGACAUCACCAUUGAAUCCAUUGGAAGCGUUGCCAAGAUGAGUGAUCCCCGACUUAACCAAAUUAGGAUAAAGACUGGCGUUUUGAAGAGAGUGGCCAAAGAGAAGACGAUAUACGAGAGGGAAGUGGAGACCGAAAGGAAGCGCUUGGAAGACAUGAGGAGUCAACUCAAAGAUGAAUAUGAGUUACGCAAACAGGAGGAAGUGAUCAAUGAGUGUCUUAUUAUGGUUCCCGACGCCAUCACUCGUAUUCAACAGGCGUUUAAUGAUUUAAACACUGUUUUGCAGGUUUUGUUCAUUACUCUC